AUGGAGGAAUUAUUGAUUUUCUCUGCUUUGAAUAAACUAACAUUUGUUUAUAAUAGAAACACUUUGCAAGUUUAGACUGAAUUUCAAGUUAAAAAUAUCUCAUAAAAUAUGCUUGAAAUUUAAAUAGAAUUGUCAAAUCCUUUAAAUUACAAAAUAAAAUCAAAAAAUUUUUACAUUUAGAAACAAGAAACAAAGGUUGUAGAGAUAAUUCAAUUAAAUUAUGUAAAAAAAUACAUAAAAUGCAUAGGUUCCUAUAAGAUUAGAUGAAAGAGCAAAAAUAAUGUAUAGAAUAAUUUAAGAGAAUUCAACAACUUCUAAAAAAAAUACAUAAACAAUAUAUAAUUUUUCGAAAUACUUUUUUUUUGAAUUAAGUUGUCACAAGAAGAGUUGUUUGAUAGACGAGAAUAGUAAUAAGUCAUAAUUGGGAUGGAUAGAUGAGAGAUAAAAUUAGAAUGAUUGUUUAAGAUAUUGGUAAUUGGUUAGUUUAACAGUAUCUGUAAUAGUAAUAAUAAUGGGAUUGUUAAAUUGGUUAUAUAUAAAAAUAAUAAGGAAUGAUUGA